AUGAUCUUCCUGUUUGUCUCAACGUUCGAUAAACUGUAUGGAGCAGGUUUGUUUUUUCUUUUUUUGUUGGGGGUUAGCGGAAUCGACGACUUUAUUGCCAACUAUGACAAAUACCUUAGUGUGUGUAAAAAAAUGGUAGAUCAAGAUAAACAAUGUGAAGAAAAAGAGGUUAUUGCAUUUCAUGCACGGCUGUCCACAAAUAUGAGGAACAUAAAAGAUAAGGACGUCGUGGUUUUUGGUACUGUUACACUAAAUACCGGGAAAGGGUAUAACCCUACCACGGGCAAAUUUACUGCCCCGAGCAGAGGGCACUAUUCCUUUACGUGGACCAUUGCAACUGAUGCUGGAUAUAUGUUUUCUACACAACUGGUCAUAAAUGGCAAUCCUGUAAGUUACAAUCACGUCAAUGGGAAAACAGGGAGUGGAAACAACUACGAGACUGGAUCAUCCACUGUCAUCCUUAAAAUGGAGAAAAACGACGUGGUAUCAAUAUUAUUACAUGAUGCUGGGGUUUUUGUUGCUCGUCCAGAUUGGUCCUCUUUUUCUGGUUUUAAAUUAUAAACAAAUCGAAUUUCUUGUAUGAGCAUGGCAAAUAAACGAUUUAU